GUGGGCUGCAGGGGGCUAUAUAGCGCCGGGGACGACACAGGCAGCAGCAGCAGCUUUUCGCGGAGCACCGGAGCGAGCCUCUGGCCGCAGCGCCCGCCUUGGCCGCGCUCUGCAGGGGGACCCGCUCCCAGCCGGGGCAGCGAGCGCAGCCCGCCCGAGCAAGACUCCGCCGCCAGCCUGGGGAGGGAGCUGUCUGUCUGUCUGUCUGUCGGCGAGCCCGGCCUGCCUUGGGCUGAGGGGAAGGAUUGAGCGCAGCCCGGCGCGCCCCCGCUCUGCUCCCGGGCUCUGUCUCGGUUCGGAGCCCGCGCCCAUCCCCGUGGUGCCUGGGACCGCGCACUCGCCAACGGCCGCCUGCUCCUCUUGCCUCUGCCGAGCGCACGUUUUGCAGAGCCGCAGCAGAGGGGCUAACAUGAUGGCAGCCAAGCAAGCCGAGCUCAUGGGCAUCUGCUCCAGCUACCAAGCGGUCAUGCCUCAUUUCGUGUGCAUCGCCGAGGAAUACCCUCAGCCCAUCCGCCCCGCCAAGAUCCCCAAGGGCAAGCUGAGGAGACCGCGACAGUCCCGCUUCAAGACCCAGCCGGUGACUUUCGAUGAGAUCCAGGAGGUGGAGGAGGAAGGGGUCUCCCCCAUGGAGGAGGAGAAAGCCAAGAAAUCCUUCCUGCAGUCCCUGGAGUGCCUGAGGAGGAGCACCCAGAACCUGAGCCUGCAGCGGGAGAAGCUCAGCAGCUGCAAGCUGCGGAACAGUUUGGACUCUAGUGACUCUGACUCUGCCCUGUGAAGGGACCAUUGGGGUUCAGUGAUCACCCGUCACAGCAGCUUCGCAAGCGCAAUGGACACAGAGAGAAGGGACUGUGCUUCAUAGUGAAGCCUGCAGCCGCCAGACAUAAGGGCAAGAACUUUAUAGAGUUAUAUUUUUCAAGGGAGACUAUGUGUGGAGAUCCUUGCUACCAAGAAUUGCUUUCCAAAUAAUGGCCAUUGGACACUCUCUUUUCUAUUAUAGAUUAGAUCCUAACUGUCAGUCAGCAUGGCAAGGGGGGACUUUGAAGGGACCAUGAUGAAGGCUUUAUUUAAGAGGGAGGAGGGUGAAUUUCCUUUUAAAUUAUCCUCCUGAUAAAGAACCAGUUGGAGUGGGAUAGAUUCAAGAGCAAUUUGCAAGUAAGGUCAGGAUGUUUUCUAAGAAAGCACUUUUAUGUUUGUUUCUAUUAAGUUGUAUGAAACUUCUGAUUUAAACAAAAAAAACUUUUCUAUUUGUUAGAAGAAAUCUGAGCUGUUUUGGAUGCAGUGAGCUGCUGGACUUUAUAUUUAUUUUUGAAUUUAAAUUGUUGACUGCAUUAAUUUAAUAUCUUUCUACCUGAAUGUCUGUUAUUAUUUCCAUAAAAGAGAAAUAAAACUCAAUAUAUUUGCAUAGUG